GCUUUUGCCUGUUUGGUCCAGUUUGGCAGAACAUCGUUGUGCUUUUUCUGGCAUUUGUGCAUGCUUGAAAGUUUGUAGUGGCAGUGUGAAGAUCUUGCAGCAGCAGUAGGUAGUUAGCUUCUCUCCUGUGAGUCCAGUAAAAGUAGAUCUCUCCUACUAGUAUCCUCGGGGUAGCGGUAGCACUGUAUUGGCGACUGUGUUGAAAUUCUGCGAAUUUAGCUCCAAAGUUUCAUGGCAAAGUCAAGCCCUGACUUCGAUGCUGAAGCGGAGAGUAGAAAGAUGCUGGUGGCGCAAUGUCGGGAGAUGGAGGUCGAGCUGCAGAAGCUGCGAUCCGCGGCCGUGUCGCACGCACCAAUCAGAUGCGAUUCGCCAGAAGUGAGGGAGAGUCCGGUGAAAACGCUGCUGAAACUGCGUCAGGAGGAGUGUUUGUUGCGCGAGCGUUUGGUGACUGUUCGUUCAACCACUCCUGAAACUAGCAGUACUGAUCCGUUCGUGGUGAACGCGGCACUUGUUUCAGAUCUGCGUAAGACGAUAUCUGGGUUGAAUGUGAGCAUUGAGUGCGUGGAGAAAGAUCUUGAGGUGUUGCGAGCGCGUGUGGCACGAGGACAGCAGCACGACGACUGUAUGGGAGAGCUCAGUCUGAAACUGAUCUCACUGACCGCGCAGGAAGAGGCAAAGCCGGUAUCGCUGCCCGAUCGCACCCAGCUCGCGGCGUCGGCAAAGCAGAUGAAGAGACGCUACAGGAAAGUGGAGGGUUUGCUGUCGGACUUCCUCGACGAGUAUUUCCCGGAGGACGCCGUGGCUGGUAGCCAGGAGGGAGAGCGGGCUUGCAAGCAGAAAAAGUUGUCGGAUGGCUCCGUCGAGGCACACUUUGCACACGAUUCACGCCCGGCUCACACUCACUCUCUGGCGGAAACUAUUGAACAAUUACUACGCGCCGGGUUUGGUGAUCCCAGUCGGUCUUACUUGCAACUGACAGAUAAGCACUGGUCACCUUAUAAGGCAUUGCUGUUGAGAACUGGGGUGGCCGAGCUGCAUCCAACGGAUGAUGCGCAGAUCAAGCUGGUUCCGGUCUAUGACGGUGUAGCGGUGGGCGAGCCAGAUGCGUCGCUGUGACUCUCCCGUGUGUGUGUGUCUGUCUGUCUGUCUGUCUGAUGUGUGCGUGUCUGUCCGUCUGCCUGUGUGUCGCUGUGUGUGUGUGUGUGGUGUGCACAAUCCUCCCCUAUAACGUCAAAGCUACUCUGACACUCAUCUGAUAUCUACUUUAUCCGUGUAGCUCUCUGCACAGAAGCCUUGUUUCAGCGCGCUACCACUUUGCUCUUGUUUUGGGAUUGCACCAGAGUCAAGAGUGGUCGCAGUUUUGUUUCAAACAAACGCCUAUUUUCUCUCCUCGCUCAUUGGACAGGAUGCUUGUUUAUUUUGGCGCCUUUACUGUGUUGAUCACAAUGCUGUGUAUAUUGCUUUACUGUGUUGAUCACAAUGCUGUGUAUAUCGCUUUACUGUGUUGAUCACAAUGCUGUGUAUAUUGCUUUGCCGUAUUCUGUGCAUCUAUACUUUCAUGCAAUCAUCAUUCGUACGUAUACUCGUAGUUCUGUGACAUUGUGCACCUAGUGCUGUUUAUCAACGCCACCAACACUGCUGCUGCUGCUGUCUUUAGUUGAGAAAAUAUGUUUCAAAUUUUUCUAACGUUAGGUGUUGAGCCGGUUCUCAUCCCCAGUGUCCCCGUGUUUUGCUUUGCUCUGGUCUAGUUUGCUCCUUUCCUUUCUACUGUGUGUGUUUGUGUGGGUGGUGUGCUAGAGCUACGUUUCUUUCUUCUACUGUUGCUGCUGCUGUUGCAUGUGCUACUGCUGCCGCCCUGGGUCCGCAAUGCCAAUGUCAGCUGGGCUGUGUACUGGUA